UAGGAUUUCAUCUCUACCUUCAACCUUCAACGUAUAUCUUAUACUCAACCAAAAAAAGUAAACAAAACAGAGGCAGGAGAAAACCUCCAUUAACGCCGAUUUCGGAGCUGCACUGGUCGAUCCACCCGCCCCCAAAUCAUCGCCUAUCCUGAAGAAAAAAGAAGAAAAUGAAAUAGAGCUUCGUUGCAAUCAUGCCGAAGUUGUCGGAGCUUAGCUCUCCGAUCCAUUCCCAAAUCAUUGCAAUGUGAGUUUCAAUCACUCAAAUCUCUCUCGUCAAAUCCAAAAUAAGGUAAGAAUUUCAAUUACAUCUGACUUUUGUUUCCUUGAUUUCCCUAUGUUUAUCUGCAAUCUCCAUUCUGCAAUGUCCAUAGACUUCAUAAAAUAUAACAUUCAUUGUUUUUAUUUUAAAAUGACCACCAUCUUAACUAUCAUAAAUCUCAAAUCAAAAUUCCAAAUUAAAAAUGGUCUUUGUUAGGAUUAUUGAGAAAUUAAUUUGAUUUGAUUUGAGUCUUUCUUUGGUUUGAAUGGGACUGUGAUUGUUUGGAUUACAAUAAAAUUGAAAGAAUAAACCUGGACAAUAAUUGGGAGAGAGUUUUUAUAGCAAUGGGGAUGUUUACGAAGGUGAGUAUUAAAAGGGUAAAUAGCUCCUGAAUUGCUUGGUUUUUUCAGUCAUAACAUUUCUUUUCAGCUACUACUAUUGGAAAAACCUUUGUUCUUGGAUCUUGAAAACCUAAGGUAAUCCUAAUAUUUUUCCCUAUUUUUUAUUCAAUUAUCAGAGCUGGUUUAACAUUUCUGUUAUAUUGUAUCUCCAAAUCCUCCUGCUAUGUUUAGAUCCUUUAAGGAAUUUCCUUUGUUAUGUGCUUCUCCAGUUUCAUCACCAACUAACCCUUUUGGAACCUUAAUUUAUAGUAUAUGUAAUUAAUAAUUAGUAUUACUAUUGAAAUUAAAUAAAUACAUAUCAUGUCAAAAUAAUAUUAUUCAACUACUCGGAUAGAUUAAUUUGUCCACGUGUUUUCUACUGACAUGUUUAGAAAGUUAAUAAUUGCAUCUUAAAGUUAGUUUUUUUUUUGUACAUGUUUUCUUGUGUUAGUCUGAGUACUAUAUAUAGAAGCCUAUAAUUAACUACUAUUCAUUUUUGUACUGAACUUAAAAAUGUAAUAUGAGAGAGUUGGAGGAGUGUUAAAGAGUGUAUUCUCUGUAUUUGAUUACUUACUUUAGCUGUAUGACAUGAUUACUGUCCUAUACACACCAUAUAUACCCAAAAACAAAGGAAAAAUGCUCUUUGAUGAUACAAUCUUACUGAAAGCAAAAAAAGAAAAAUGAUAGUUAUUAUCCUUUUGAUUCAAUCAUAUACAGUUAUAGUAGUGCAAAAUCAGAAUUACCAUACAAGAUACAACAUGGUGAAUCUAGUUGAGCUUGCUUUCUGUUUUCUGUAUCUUCUGAUGUUACGUAUAGUUUUAUUGCAUCAUUAAUAUAUAUGAAUUUAGAUGGUUGAUUUGCUUAAAUGUCUUCAUUGUUUAUCUCUUGUGAUUGGUUCUGCUAUUGGAAUUACUAAAUGUGUGUUCAAAUAACUACUUUGUUUGGCUUGUUGGGAAUUUGGGAAUGGCCUUGCUACCAAAGCAAAGAGCUCCAACGGAUUGCGGAGUUACUCUUGUUCCAUGGCUGCCUUCAUUUUUAAUAGCUUUACUCAGUGUGAAGUUACAAAAGAAGACUGAAAAAGAGCAAAAAUCUUGUCCAAUUUCAACUGUUGGACUUCACUAUGUGGUCAUUGGGAUGAAAAUCAAAAUUACAUCAGCUUUCAAGUUCGCCGAAUGGUCAUUCCCAAUAAUUGCAACUACAACACCUUGGUUGGAAUGAUAUGUAAUGAGCUGAAGAUAGAUCUGGGAUCAACAACUCUAAAAAUAGAGUACCAAGGAAAAGACAACUACCCUCCAUUCUACAUAGAAGAUGACCUCCAAUUUUACUUAUACAAGGAGUUGAAGAAAAAAGAUUCAGAUUUUACAAAGUACCCGUUGUGCCUUACAAUGGAGAAUAACCAUAUUGAGUCGACUAUUUUUCCAACAAGAAGUACAUCAACAGAGAUUAACCAUAUUGAGCCCACUUUUUUUUCAACCAGAAGUACAUCAACUUAUAACGAAUUGGGUAUAGAAUUGGGACAAGCUGAAGAAGGAACAUCAAAUUCAGAUGAAGAAGCAACUGUUGACAUGGAUGCAGAUGAGAGUGAAAAUUAUAUCUCCAAUGCAAGGUUGGUUGACAAGCAAAUAAUAGAAAUGGGAAAGGAAGCAAACAACGAUGCAGAAGAGAUUAAAAUAGACGAAGAUUCAGUAAUCAACAACAAAAACUAUCAAGAAAUAGCUCCGUCUCAGAUUUACAAAGAUAAAGAGACCUUGAAGACUGUGUUGAGCCACUAUGCAAUUAGAAAACAUUUUUCAGUACCGCGUGAAAAAAUCUUGCAAAAGACAGUUCCUAGCAGAGUGCUUUGACAAAAAUUGCAGCUGGAAGUUAAGGGCAUCAAGGAAUGGAAACACAAUGCAAUUUAUAAUUAUGACUUUUGAGGACAAUCAUAGCUGCGAUAUGAAGAUAAGAUUGAAAGAUCAACGUCAAGCAACCUCAACCAUCAUUCCAGACAUGAUCAAGUACAAAUUCACAAACAUCAAGACUAAAACCACGGUUGCAGAUGUUAUAAAUGAGUUGAAAAUUCGUGGAUUGAGAGUCAAAUACAGCAACGCUUGGAGAUCAAUACAGAAGGCAAAAGAAAAAGUGAGAGGAAAUGUAGUUAAGUCUUACUCUGAGAUAGCCAAGUAUCUUUACUUGUUGCAUCAUACAAAUCCAGACUCUUUUGUGGAGCUCAAAAGAGAGGAAGAUGGCUUCUUAUUCCUUUUUGUAGCAUUGAAUGCUUCAAGAAAAGGAUGGUUGCAUUGUAUUCCUGUGGUGAUAGUUGAUGGGACAUUCUUAAAGUCUACAUAUGGAGUUAUAUUGCUGGUUGCAGCGACUCAAGAUGCGGAAGGUCAUAUUUUCCCGCUAGCUUUUAGUGUGGUUGAUUCAGAGAACGAUAAUUCUUAGGAGUGGUUCUUUGAAAAGUUUAGGGAGUGUUAUGGUUCAAGAGAAGACAUGGUCAUUAUCUCUGACCGUCACGAAAGCAUAAAAAAGGCAACCAUCAAAGUGUACCUAGAAGUACUUCAUGGAUCUUGCACCGUUCACCUACUAAAGAACAUUAAAAGCAAAUUAAGAAAAGCUCAAAAACUGUCUCAGAUACAUUCUUCGCAGCGGCAAAGGCAUACACUGUCGAAGGCUUCGAGCGCCACAUGGGAAAACUAGAUAAGAUUGAAAAGAGGUUGAGACCCUACUUGCAAGAAAUCGGGUAUGAAAAAUGGGCUCAAGUUCACUCUCAAAAUAAUAGAUACUCGAACAUGGCAUCCAACCUCGCAGAAUCUUUGAAUUCUUUGAUUGUUGCAGUAAGGGAGCUACCAAUCUGCACUAUGGUAGAAUGUUUAAGAAGUUUGGUGCAAGAAUGGAGCUGUAAAAAUCGAAACAUAGCUCAAGCAAUUCCCACAAGGCUGACAAGCAAACAUGAAGAAAUCUUAAAUGAUAACUACAAAUACUCAUUGAAGAAGACGGUGCACCCGACAAAUGAUGUUUUGUUCGAAGUUCGUGAUGGAUGCAAAAAAGCAAUAGUUGAUCUAAGCUCGAGAACUUGUACAUGCAAACGGUUCCAAAUAGAUCAACUUCCUUGUGGCCAUGCAAUAGCUGUUCUAAAAGAUAUGAAUAAAGAUGCAUAUGAAUAUUGCUCAUCAUAUUACACAAAGGAGGCCAUGCUUGCAACUUAUGGAGAAAUUGUAUACCCUAUUCCUAAUGAAGACACAUGGGAGGUACCCGAAUAUGUUAAAUCAUGGGAAGUUCAGCAUCCAAAAGAAAAAAGUAAGAGUGGGAAGACCAAAGAAAAGAAGAAGCAAACCUUUAUGGCAGAAAAACAAAAAAUGAACAAAGCAAAUCAAAUGCGGAAAAUGUAAUCAACCUGGACAUAACAAAAAGACUUGCAGAAAUUUGGAAAACUAGCAAAACUUGAUUAUUGCUUGAUUAAGCAAAAUUGCACAUCAUUUAUGGUAGAUAUUUAUAUGAAUAUUAUUUGAUGAUUUACAAACAUAGAUUUGAUUUUGA